UGUUGUUGGUUGCCAAGUUCGAAGAUUGGACUCGCCGAUGGGAAGCUGAUCAGCAUCAUACUCAUGCAGAUCAAUGUCUUUUACGACAGGAAGUUGACGGCCCAGCACUUUGUUGGACUCACUGAGCGCCACGCAUCGGUCGCUACUGAGCGCCACGCAUCGGUCGCCACUUCUGCUUCAAAAUCAAAAAGUGCAAGCGGGUUUUGCAUUUCAAGCAUGGAGGACGAGGAAAAUAAUAAGAAAAGGAAGCAGCAGAAGCAAGGUAAGAAAGCUGUCGUUGUUGAGAGGCCACGACGAGUGGCCAGAGAACGACCGCCUUCACCAACAGAGAAACAAGAAGAAGAUGACAUAGAAGAUAUCGUUAAGUGGAGUUUCAGCGGGGACGAAACCCAUAAAAUUAGUGAAUGUUUGUUGGAGUGGUACGACCUGAACAAGAGGGACCUGCCCUGGCGCUCAAAGAAAUUAGAUUCAUCAUCACCAUCACAACCACAGGAAGAAAGGGCUUAUGGGGUUUGGGUUUCGGAAGUAAUGCUUCAACAGACGAGGGUUCAGACUGUCAUUCAAUACUACAACCGUUGGAUGCACAAAUGGCCAACCCUUCACCUUCUCUCUCAGGCUUCUCUUGAGGAGGUGAAUGAAAUGUGGGCUGGUCUGGGGUACUACCGCCGUGCACGUUUUCUGUUGGAGGGAGCCAAGAUGGUUGUUGCGGGAGGAGGUAGAUUUCCUAAAACAGUUUCUGAACUGCGAAAGAUUCGAGGAAUUGGAGACUAUACUGCUGGGGCUAUUGCUUCAAUUGCAUUUGGGGAGGUAGUGCCGGUGGUUGAUGGGAACGUGAUAAGGGUGAUUACUAGACUAAGGGCUAUUUCUGCAAAUCCAAAAGACUUGGUGACUGUCAAGAAAAUAUGGAAACUAGCAGCUCAACUAGUUGAUCCUAUCCGGCCUGGAGACUUAAAUCAGGCUCUCAUGGAACUUGGUGCAACUGUAUGCACCCCAUUGAACCCAAACUGCUCUUCAUGUCCUGCAUCCGGACACUGCCAUGCACUGUCAGUCUCUGGACACGAUAGUUUGGUACAGGUGACAGAUUUCCCUGCUAAGGGAGUGAAGGUCAAACAGAGACAUGAUUUUUCUGCCGUAUGUGUGGUGGAACUACUGGGAGGUCAAAAAAAAUUGGAGGGAAACCAAAGUGACAGUAGAUUUCUUCUUGUAAAAAGGCCGGAUGAAGGUCUGCUGGCUGGCCUCUGGGAGUUCCCGUCUGUCUUGCUGGAUGGAGAUGCUGGUUUGGCGACUAGAAGAGAAGCAAUUGACCACUUUCUGGAAAAGAAGUUUGGACUUGAUUCUAAAAAGACCGGCAACAUAGUUGUCAGGAAAGAUGUUGGAGAGUUUGUCCAUAUGUUCACUCACAUUCGUCUAAAAGUUUUUGUGGAAUUGUUGGUAGUUCGUCUAAAAGGGAGGAAAAAUCACUUAUUUGGAAAGCAAGACAAAGAAGCUAUGCAUUGGAAAUGUGUGGAUGGCGAUGCCCUUUCAAGUUUGGGAUUGACAUCUGCUGUGAGGAAGGCAUACAUCAUGGUUCAGAAAUUUAAGCAGGAAAAGUUGUCCAAUAAUGUUACCCCAUCAAGAAAGAGGAACAGAAUGACAUGAACAAAACAACAUAUUCCUGCUUGAGCCUGUUCAAGUGAUCUAAAGGGGGUGCUUUAUUAAACUAAUUCAACAAGAAAGGCGUCAUGAGACCUAUUCUCUACAUUUAUCUGUCACAGAAGUGCACAUUGGACAUGCAACAAUGCAGAUUAUUGGUGAGUGCUGGCCCUCGGGUUUUGCUGCUUCUCAUUUUACAUGCUUGCAAUAUGGUACUUUAGGACUUAGUAAGAUUCGUUGUUUUGUAAUCAUUGGACAUGCAACAAUGCAGAUUAUUGGUGGGUACUUCCGGCGGAAUACCAUGAUUCGUUGUUUUGUAGUUAUCAUUGGACAUGCAACAAUGCAGAUUAUUGGUGGGUACUACCCGCGGAAUACCA